AACCACUUCUUCUGGAUUUACCUGCCAAAUUUUAGCUUUCAAGACACGCACUUUAUCUCCUUAAUUCCUCUCCCUUGUUUAUGAGACUCUUUAUCUAUAUUUUCUUUACAUCGAAACAUCUUCAAUAUAAGAAACUAAAUCUCUUCACUUUAGUUUAGAGCCUCAUAUCUCAGAAUCAUGGUUUCUGCAGACCUUGUUAGAACUGUGGUUGGCAUCAUAGGAAAUGUCAUCUCACUACUCCUGUUCUUGUCACCAGUGCCAACUUUCGUACAGAUAUGGAGAAAGAAAUCAGUGGAGCAAUUCUCACCAGCCCCGUACCUUGCAACCAUGAUCAACUGCAUGGUUUGGGUCUUAUACGGACUACCCAUUGUGCACCCCAACAGCACCUUGGUUUGGACCAUAAAUGGAGCAGGGGUUGCUAUUGAGAUGGUCUACCUUCUCCUUUUUCUUAUUUACUCAGACAAGAAAGGGAGGUUUAAGGUGCUCCAAAUUGUGCUUGUUGAGGUUGUAUCCAUCGCUCUCCUUGCCACUCUGGUCCUAACUCUAGUCCAUACCACCAAGAAGAGAACUGCCAUUGUUGGAAUUGUUGCCAUAGUUUUUAACACCAUGAUGUAUGCUUCACCUUUAUCAGUCAUGAAAAUCGUGAUUACUACAAAAAGUGUGGAGUACAUGCCAUUUUACGUCUCCCUUGCUUCCUUUGCCAAUAGUGUUGCCUGGUCUGCUUAUGCUUUUAUCAAAUUUGACCCCUUCAUUCUGGCUCCCAAUGGAACGGGCGCAUUAUUUGCAGUGGCCCAAUUGAUCCUAUAUGCUGUGUACUACAGAUCCACACAAAGACAAAUAGCAGCAAGGCAGGCCAAGGGUGACGUGGGCUUAUCAGAGCUGGUUGUCAAUGGAAGCUCGAGGAAGACAAAUUCCUCUCGGAAUGGCCAUGGAUCAGAGGGCUGAAAGAGAAGAAACUAGCUAGCUAUCCGCGCUCUGAUUGUGCAAGGAAAAAUAAAUGCGUCUAUUUACUAAAAUAAACCAAGAAGCAUAUGCUUUUAAAAAAUAUGGUUUUUUAAGGGAUGCUAUUUAUCUAAUUAAGGCUGAAGCUGAUCCGAGUUCACAGUGA